ACUGCCCAUCAUAACGUAACGAAAGGUUUACAAAUCCUGUGUCUAAAGUUUGAGAUUUAUCGUACCUUGCAUCCUGUCUUUAAUUUUUUCGACACAAAUAAAGCUCAUAGCAAGACAUUGAAGUGGUGGAAUUAAAACUUGGGCUAAAUAUUGUCUUAAAAUCCAAGCAAGGGAAAACAACAAAGAAAUACUCGGUCUCAGGCUGCCUUAUUGUGUUUUGGUCCACUUCAGUCCGUGCUGUGCAGAGGAUUGCUUAUGGUCUGUUGCGGCGUUUCAUUCCCUUAUCAGCAAAUCUCAUCUUUCUUGUCACAAUCAGUUUUCACCACAAAAAUACAUACAUACAAAUUUGUGAGUGAGUGAGUGAAGAUUCAUUUAAAAACACAAUAGUUCUCCGUCUUUAAAAUCACUUCUCAUUUCAAAAAUUUGUGAAGGCAUUCAGUGACAUGCAAUGGAUAUACGUAGUGUAUUUAAAAUGUGUUAACUGUGAAGGACAGCUAGACGUCACCCAUCUUGUGACCCUGAUAUUCAGUGCAGUGUAAUUUCACAAUUUAUUUGCAAGUGCUUCAUGGGUGGAUUCAUUAAAGUUUUUAAUUGUAACACGAUUAGUUUUCAUACAAAAUAACGAGAAAACGCCCGAAAAAUUUGCAUGAUUGAACAAACCUUCCAUCAUUUGUGACAAAGGAAAGUUUAUAAUUUUUCUAGUUGUACUUCACAAGUGCUGAUUGAAAUCAGGACACCAAACAAAAUGUAAUUUGUGAAAAAAUUCAUGCAAACGGUUUCCAUAAAUUAUUUCUGGGAAAGAUGAUUGCAUUGGAGGAUGUGGAUGAAACACGUUUUCGAGUGGCAUCCGUACAUCCGAAAGUUUUAUGGAAUUGGAUAAUGUGAUGAUGAGACUUGAUAAAUAGCGCAAAUUAGUGUAAUUUGGCUCCGCAUUUGUUAAAGUUGGCAAGACAUAAAUUUGAAUACUUAUGAACAAAGGACACUAAUGAGUAUGAAAAUGGGAGAGAGUGAAGCAUAUUCUAUGCAAAGUUUCAACACCUUCGUAAACACCCAGUCGAGGAAAGGAGGAAAUUACUUUAAUAAUGAGACUGACGGAAAAAAGUACAAACUGCGAUUAAAAUUUGAUGGGGCAUGUGUUCUUGAAGUUGUACGGUUAAAUGGAGGUCACUUCCAGAAUCUCACUCACUUGGAUAUUUCUGGAAAUUCUGCAGAAAAAUUGGAUUUGAGAAGUCUGAACCGUUUGGAGUGGUUGUGUUGUGCCAACAAUAACCUGGAAGUCCUUUUGCUUUCAGGAGCAUCGCUAACGUACCUUGACUGCUCGUACAACAAUUUGCUGUCAAUCUCCGUAGAUCCUCCGCCUAACAACUUGUCUACGCUUCAAGUUUCAUUCAACAACUUGGAGGAGCUUCCCAAUUGGUGUUGGAUAGUACCAGAGCUUUUCUCCGUCCAAGCGUCUCACAAUCGGCUUCGUCAGGUUGACUGCAAAUUUCAAAAUUCAUUGUCCAACCUUCCCGUACGUGAACUAUAUUUGCAUUGCAAUAAAAUCGAGUUCGUGUCAAAAGAUUUCAUUCAGAGAGCAACAAGACUGAAAAUCCUCAACUUGAGUCGAAAUAUGAUCGAGCACAUGCCAAAUUUUGGGAAGAAAUGUCCAGUUAAUGAAUUAUACAUGAGCCGGAAUAAACUUCAGGAUACGCACGAGAAAGAUUGCUUAGAGUUUUUAUCCGAAUGUGGUCAACUAAAGAGGUUACACUUGGGUUACAAUAAAAUCGAACACAUAAAUGACAGAUGUAUCUCAGUUUGGAGGAACCUGGAGGAAUUGAUACUCUGUGGAAAUCGUAUUAGAACCCUUCCAGCCAAAAUAUCUUCGCUGACAAGUCUGCGAGUACUUCGUGUCCACUCCAACAGUUUGGAAACUGCUCCAAAUCUAACCAAAAUGCAGUCGUUGAAAAUGGUCGAUUUGUCGCAUAAUGUUUUAAGGAAAAUCAAUCUAGAAACUUUAAUUUCGGGCGGAAAUUUAACAUACCUUGAUAUUUCAUGCAACGAGCGGCUCAGUCUAAAUGCAGAAAAACUUAGUACACAAAACCAAAAAAGGCCGAUGAAUCUCGUUGAAGUGACGCACCCUCGAAAAAGACAAAGUAUUAGGCAAAACGAAACCAGAGACUUUCCAGCAAACCCACCUUGGGAGAUUGGAUUUUCAGAAUUACCAGAUCGAAAUCUUGUCCUGAGUGUUAGCCAGUAUCGAGACAUUAAUAUAUCCAACGGACAAGAAGCCCUUUUCGGUCUAUUCGACGGCGGUGAUGGGAACUCGGCUCCAAAAUAUAUUUCAAAAUCUAUUGCAAAAAUAUACGCUGAAGAGAAAAAUAUUGAAGAAACUCAUGGAUUUUCGCUCAAAUAUACACUCCUCAAUGCCAUUAAAUCAAUCAAACAGCAAGGAUAUUCUCGACCUUUGCAAGGAAUUUUGUGCUUAUUGUCCAGGCAUGAAGAUCCCUUGUAUCCAGGAAAGUUGUCGUUCUAUCUGAAUUUGGCCAUGGUUGGUGGUAUUCGAUGUCUUUUAGUCGAGUCGGGAAAGAAGCUUACUCGUUUGACGGACAUAACGGAAAUGGGACUUGAGAAUCAACAACAAAUAAAAAAUUCGGACGGCAGUGAGCCUUCAAGUUAUGAUAACAACAGUGAGACCAGCUCCACCCAAUCAGCAAGGAGCAAUUCCAAUGAAAACAAUUUGAAUGAGAAUAUUCCAGACCCAAAAGUGCUAUCAAUCCCGUUGUCGACAAAUGCUGAAUUUCUUAUUAUUGGGAACCACAGUGUUUGGAAUUACGUCAAUGAACCCGAGCUUAUCGAAGAAUUGGAGACACAUCGUCACAAGAAAAGUGUUCUAAUUGCUAAACGUCUCGCAGACAUGGCACAAAGUCACACUUGCAAACAAAGUAUUAGUUUGAUUGUUGUCAAAUUCAAAUGGCACGUUUCAACUUCCUCCGUCAUUCGAGCCGUUGAGGGACAUGGCAUUGGGAACCACAAAGCUAAUAAGUUCUCACCUUCCUCUGGGGGAGAUUUAGGUCCGUUAAGUUAUUACAGUGGUUCAUCCGAGGAGUACUCGGAACCCAACCCUCUGAUUUCCGUGAUCACCCCGGAUAGUGCUAUUGACACGGAUAGGUCUUCCGGUGCAGGAAGUGUGGGUAGCAAUGGAGGGUCCACCAAAAGUGCAUCUACAAAUGCAAGCGAUCAUAAAAUUACAAGACCAAGGUUUUCACAAGAUUCAAAGGAACGCAAUCACGAAGUGUCCUCCAGCAAAUCUACUCACAGCGAUAGAACCCUUAAAUCGUCUCUUGACAGGGAAGAUGAUCAAGCUUCUUUAGCAAACACUUCCGUGUCUCACAUGUCAGUAGAACAAUUCUGCGUUUGGGAGUACAUGCUGGAGCAAAAUGCAAAAAUGUUAUUUAAAAAGGAAUUGGACACGUUGUCCAAGGCCAAAGGUGUAUUUGCACGAAAUCAAAAGUUGCGGAAAUCAGUUCAUUUUCCUUACCAGCAGCCAGGAAAUGCAGUUACUGCACCUGCCCCAUCAGAUUCAGUACAACAACAUGGUCACAAAUCCUCACAAAAUCUUCAUCCUAAUUCUAACAAUCGAACGCCUGGAUUUUACACGCUCAGCAAAGCCAAAUCCUUAUCACACUUAUUCGGAGCUGAGCCAACAAACACUAACAAAAUCGUUGUCCAGUCGGAACCCCCAUUUCCUCCGCCAAAGCCAACAAAGCCCUCCAGAUUUCCAAUCUUUGGCAAUGGGAACACAUCGGCUGGAUUUCUUGGUAGCGUUCGCUCUAGUGCGAGGAGAGCGAUUUUGGGUGGCCCAAAUGCGGCAUAUUUCAGCAGUUCUCAACGCCAGGCAAAUAUCCCACCCAUCCAAGAUUCACAGGAAAUUCAAGAAGUUCGAAAUUUUGAUUCUAUCGAACAUGAAGGCAGAUUGAAACGCUAUUGGGAAAAUAAAAUUACGGAAUUGUAACACCACACAUACAUUAAAAUAUGUGUAUUUGCUUAGUAUUAGUAUUCCAUAUACAGUUAUAUACAGUUAAAGUGCAAAAUAUCUAGCUUAUAGUCAUAAAUGUUGUAAUCAAAAUGCAUUUGGGACGUUAAUUGAAUACUAGUUUACCAAACAAGCCAAAUAAAUGAUCACUAAGCAUGGAAAAUA